AUGGCCACAAACCGCACCGCCAUGGCUUCUCCGGGGAUUAGGACGGGCAAGGUGGUGACGUUUGUAUUUCUAAUACUCUUGGUAAACACCGCUCACUGCGAAGAAAAGAAAGCAGAAACGAAAAAGAAAGUCGCUAAAACAGCUCUCGAGCCACUGAAGGCGUCAGCGACUGCACAGACAGGGUGGUAUGAAGGUGCCGGCGGAUCUUCAUCCUGGUCUUCGGGAGGACAAAGCUACGGCGGUGGUGGCGGUACAGCUGGACUUGGUCCUUGGGCUGACUCCGGCAGCGGAUCGUCGGGCAUCGGCGGAGGAGCUGGUGGAUCUGGACCAUGGGCUGAUGCUGGCAAGGGCAAUGGUGGUGGCGCUUUCGGUGGUGCUGGACCGUGGGCCGACUCCGGAAGUAGUGGAUUCGGCGGAGGUGCCGGACCAUGGCAAAGCUCGGGUAAAGGCUCGGGUGGCGCUGGCUUCACAUCGGGCGCCGGACCUUGGGCUGGCGCGGGAAAAGGAUCGAGCGGUGGCUACGGAGGCAGUGCCGGCCUUGAUCCAUGGGCCGGAGCAGGGAAGACCGGUGGAUUUGGUGGCUCUGGCAAGUCCUUCGGAGGAGGAGGAGCUGGCGUCGGACCGUGGGACCAAGCCGGAGGAUUCGGUGGCGGCAAGAUUGGCGGUAGCGGCGGCGGUGGUGCAUCGUGGACCCAGAACGGUGGCUUCGGGGCUGGUGGCAAAGGAACUGGAUGGGACUUUUCACAAGGAUCGAAAUUCUCUGGUGGCACUGACUCCUGGGAUCAAGGUGGUCUUGGUGGUGGGAAACUUGGUGGCUCCGGUGGUGGGGCAUCGUGGUCGCAAGGACAAUUAGGUGGCAACAAAGCAGGGUACGGGGGAGCUGUGUCGUGGGACCAAGGCGGCAAAUCAUUCUCCCAGAAUGCUCAAAGUGGACCCUGGAGAGGCAAGACAGCUGUAGCUCAAGAUUCGUGGACGCCGAGUGGUGCAGGAGGCUAUGGAAAGACAUCCGCUGCAGGCGUCGGCCCAUGGGCUCAAGGUGCAGGGGCAGGAAAAGGAUUCGGUGCUGCCGAUGCUUGGCUUCAAGACAGUCCGGCAAGUGCAGGUCCGUGGGCACAAGGCGGAACCGGAAAUGGCAAGCCAGCAACCGGAGCCGGUCCCUGGGCGCAAGGAGGGAGUGGUAAUGGCAAGGCGAGCUACGGAUCUGGGCCUUGGUACGGAAGCUUUGCUGGUGGUAAAGGUGGGAAUGGAGGCGGCGCUGCCUCUUGGGCCAAUGGCGGAAACGGUGCCGGAGGAAAGAAGAUAUCAUCGCCAGGCCCUUGGGACUCGGGAAGUUUCGGAGGCGCUGCCAAGGGAGGAGCGGGACCUUGGGCACAAGGGGGAGGUGGAUAUGGAAAUGGUGGUACUAAGAGCUUUGGUGGGCCAGGACCAUGGGCCGGUGCAGGAAACGGUGCAGGACCUAAAAGCGUUGGUGGGCCAGCACCCUGGGCAGGUGCAGGAAACGGCGCAGGACCUAAGAGCUUUGGCGGGCCAGGGCCCUGGGCAGGUGCAGGAAAUGGUGCAGGAAACGGCGCAGGAUCUAAGAGCUUUGGGGGGCCAGCACCAUGGGCAGGUGCAGGAAAUGGUGCAGGAAACGGUGCAGGACCUAAGAGCUUUGGCGGGCCAGGGCCCUGGGCAGGUGCAGGAAAUGGUGCAGGAAACGGUGCAGGACCUAAGAGCUUUGGCGGGCCAGGGCCCUGGGCAGGUGCAGGAAAUGGUGCAGGAAACGGUGCAGGACCUAAGAGCUUUGGCGGGCCAGGGCCCUGGGCAGGCGCAGCUAACGGUGGAGGGCCAAAGAGCUAUGGUGGCGCAGGACCAUGGGCAGGCGCAGGAAACGGCGGUGGUUCUAAAUUGAGCUCUGGAGGUGCAUCGUGGGACCAAGGAGGAUAUGGUGGAAACGGAAGAACAGCUGGACCCAAACCAUGGGCUGGAGCAGGUGGUAAUGGUGCUGGUGGCGGAUCUUGGGCCGGUCAGGGCAGCUACGGUGGAGGUGCACCGGGACCUUGGGACAACGGCAAGGGAGCUGGUGCUGGAGCGUCAUGGGACCAAGGAGGCUUCGGUGGUGGCAAGGGAGCAGCGCCUGGCCCAUGGGCUGGAAAAGGAAAGUCUAAUGGAUUUUCUCAGCCAGAUCUUGGAGGAGUCCCUGUCUCCGCAGGUCCUUGGGAUCAGGGAUCGUAUGGAGGGGCUGUAAAGGGAGGCGGUGGAGCAGGCCCAUGGGACAGCGGAAGCGUUGAGGGAGGAAAAGGUGUGCCUGGUGGUCCCUGGGCUGGGGCUGGAGGCAAUGGAAAAGUAUCUGGUGGACUCGGAGGAGGACCUUGGGCUCAAGGAGGCGUAGGAUCAGGCGGUUCUGGUCCGGGACCUUGGGAUCAGGGAGGAUAUGGUACGAAAAAGGGUGGGAAUGGUGGUGGAGCAGUUGGCCCAUGGGACUCCUCCUCAAAGUUUAAUGGCGCGGGCGCCUCUUGGAGUGGAAACGGAAAUAAUGGCUUUGGCGGGGGCAAAGGUUUUGGCAAUGGUGGCAGCUCGUGGUCUCAAAACGGCAAAUUUGGAGGUGGAAGUACCGGCGUUUCUUGGACGCAGACAAUGUUUGGAGGCACUGGAAGUGGGCCAUGGCAACAAGGCGGUUAUGGUGGUCAGGAUUCUUGGGCUGCAAAGGGCGGUAAUGGUAACGGUAAAUUUGGUAGUGGUGGUGCCGGACCCUGGCAAGGUGCCGGUGGUGGAGGAGACGGCGGCGGUUGGCAGGCCGACCAGGGAAGCGUUGGCGUAUGGAUCGGAGAUGUCAGUCAGAAGGGCAGAGGCAGCUUCGGCCCGCAGGCUGGAGGAAGACGAAAGAAUAAUUACCUGCCGUCCCAAGGUGGCGCUAGCUGGGAUGGACAGGCAGGGGGGCAAAACGGUGGUGGUGCAGGUGGUGGCUGGGAUGGCGGCGCAUUCCAGAAAGGUCGUGGGGGAUUUGGUGGGGGGCAGAGAGGCGGCGUAGGUAAAGUUCAGUGGAGCUUCAGCAGAAGCGAUCCAUGGGCACAACCACAAACCUGGUCAGGUUCCUGGACGACGGAUGGAGCAGCGCAGCAAUACACUUCGGCGGGAGUCGGGCAGAUGAUGUUCGGCGGUGUAGCAGAUUGGAUGACGGCAGGCAAGUACAGCGCCAAGUACGGAGGAAGUGGUGGCGGAGGAGGAUGGCAGCAGCAGCUUGGAGCUGGCAGCCGGGGCUCCUGGAGUGGAGGCGGUGGUAACAAGUGGUGACCAGACAUCCCGCAUAUUGCGUGAUCUUUGAUGCCAUGAACCAUCAAGCUUUUGAAGAAGGGACGCCGUCUGUCGGCAUGCAAUGGAUCAUCGUCGAUGAAAGCAAUAUUCUGCGCAGCUUAUUAUCGUGUUUUGUCUAAAGCGAUGCUGUAAUGUAUAAAAUUUUAAAAUGAUUCAGUUGUACAAAUGCUUAGUAAUAUUGUACUGACGCGCAUCUUUAUCGCAAUCAUGAUAAUCAACUUCGCUAAAGACAUCGUGCACAUUUAAAUACAAGAUAUGUUAUGUUCAAUUGAGUGUUGUCUGUGUUAUUCAGCUGAAUGGUAUUUUAUUUUCGCAUACUCGAGUCGCCCUGUACCAUAAGAGUUUAUCAUCUGUUGGUUGUAUGUGUGCCAAGACUGAUUUUUGUCUGUUGACAGGAUGGCAAACAUCAUGCUUUACAGUUUUUAGGUGUGCUGGCUAUCGUUGUACUUCUUUGUUGUUGCAUCAAAGCCAGCAGCUACGUUUGUUGAUGUUCAGAUGUAUUCUGUGUGAAUUUUGUUAACUACAACAGGCGCACGCAAGCUGCGUUCUCGGCGCCUGUGUUCGUUUGUAGCUGAAUAAAUAAAACUGCACA